AGAAUACUGACGCGUAAUACGGUGUGGUCAAAGUUUCCUUCAAAGUUUUAAAAAAUUCAAAUAUUAACGUCCGAGAUGCCGAAAGAUAUCAAGCGAGUACGCUUUCAAAAUAACGAAAAUAUGCCUCCUCGUAAUAAGGAAGCAAUUAAAGAAUGUGCGGGAUGUUGUGCUUUGGAGGUGAAGUUGACGAGUUUGCAAGAAACGGUGGAAAACUUGAAGAACGAGAUCAUAUCAACCAUGACUGCCCAAAAUUCUUCGGUAAUGUCGGCGCUGGCAGAGCAAAAAGUAGUUACAGAAAAAUUGGUUCGGCAAGAUUCUACGGCAGGGUCGAUUAAAUCUUGUUUUCCUCUGACCUCUACAGAAGACUUAAUUAAGAUUAAUGAAAAAGUGGUACCGGAAACCCGUUCCAUGUUGGUGGGUAUUGUCUUCGAUCACGAAAAAUUACGGAAUGCAAUGUAUUAAGUUUAUUUU